AUGAGCGGGUCGCCGGCAGCGCCGGCGCCGCUGGAGAGGCCCCUGCGAUUCACGGACUGCCCGCAGCAGCUAGCCCGGCGCGGCUGCCAGAGCCCCGGUCGCGCGGUCGCCGCGGACUACGCGCAGCUCUUCAAGGCGCCCACCCCCAGCCCCAGACGCAAGAGCUCGCUCGGCGGCAGCCACGAGGAGACCGCCUGCUACGCGGCCGCGGGCCCGCACGCGUCUCUCCGCCUGCCGCCGCCGCCGCCGCCGCCACCGCCGCCGGACAGCAGCUCCGAGCGCGGCCCGAGCGAGCGCGGCCCGGAGGCGCUCGAGCCGGCGCCCGUCUGCGAGCGCCCGGCCCGCGGCUGGCCCGGCUUCUCGCACCGGCGCACGCCCUCCAACGUCUCGAGCGCGAGCGCCUCGUCGCAGAGCAACGUCAACCCGAGCUUCCGCCUCGAGGACGAGUCGGAGUGCUCGCCGCCGCCGCCGCCGCCGCCGCUCUACGCGCCGCUCGGCCGCCAGCAGCAGGUCUGCCUGCGCGGCUACGCCAACGCGAGCCUGGCGAUGGACGACGAGCCGCCGGCCGCCGGCCUCGGCGCGCCGCUCGACCGGCCCACCUGGCUCGAGAUGGCCGGCGGCUGCAGGCUGCGCUCCAGCCUGCGCAGGGCCGGGCGCUGCUGCGGCGGGCCCGCCGGCGCCGCCUCGGCCGGCCCCGGCUCCGGUAGCCCCGGCGAGCCGACGCCGCCCGGCUCGCUGGCCGGCGAGGACGCGGCCCACGCGGCCCCCAGGGACGGCCUGCCGCCGGCCCGGACGCGCUUCUCGCCGCUGAGCUACGCCGCCGAGCACGAGCUUCUGGCCCGCCAGCCGGCCGAGGGCUGGGCCCGCAGGGGCCCCCCGCACGCCCCGCAGCCCCAGCGCCGGCCCAGCUCCGACCUCGAGCUCGAGCGCGAGUUCUUCUCAUAGCACUGGCUCAUCUAAUCGGCGCACCGGCUGCGAGCCGCCGACGGGACGAAGCUUAGCCUUUGCCUUUGCCUUUGCCGAAUUCACGCAUGCCUUCCCCGUCUCUCCUACUCCGAGCAAUCGCGCCUCUUUCCUCCUCUACCGUUCCCUCUGUGUACAUACCAUCGGGCGCUUAUAUCCCAACUUGCGUCUCAUCGGGUCUCUCUUGUUUUUUUAUCUCUGCAAGGGGACGCGCAAACCUUAAUGGCUCGUUAAAAUCCCCAUCGAACCCUUUCAAUGCGUAGAAAGUGAUUUUCAGUGGCUUUUCGGUGAUCACGGUCGUACACUUCUUUCAAAUUCAAGGAGCGUCAAGCAUUAUAUUUUCAGCGUUUUGUCUUACGUACAACCCCGUGACUCUGUUGAUUUUCUGACGCAACCUACCUAGAUGGCACUAGUUAGGCCCUAUGAUAAAUCGAAUAGAAUGCCCACGUUUUACACGAAAAACAAAUCAGUGUAAACAUGUAUUGCUUUUCUGGACGUAGUUUUCGAUUGUCCUCGAAACUUGAGGAAAUAAAAUAAUUCAUACAGCGAUCGUCCGGAGUCGUGGCUAAAUGUAAGUACCAUCAAUAUUUUUACUUACUUUCCAAUUCAAGAAGAACAAAGUAUUGUAUUCUAGCUUGUUACAUUUAUUUUCGUAAUUUUUUUACGUACGACACGAUGGUGCUAUUGAUUUUGUCCUGUAUCAAGUGUUGUAAGCGAUAAACCCUUUAUUUUUCAUAAUAAUACCAUUAGUACCAUUGUAUUCUGUUUUUUAUCGGCCGAUUGAGGUUGAUUUUCCAGUUUGAGCUUAUGCGUGCACACGUGCCUGCGUUGUGUGCUUGCGUGUUGUACGUGUACAGGGUGGAUCAUUUUAAUCGACGCAUCCGAAUAUCUAUUGUCAAGCCGGGUAAAAAAAUUUUCAGACAAAAAUCAUUCACAACGAAAACGGUCACCUGACUGCAAAAAUAACUUUGACCUUGGUGUCAAUUUGCGUGGUCAUUUGAAGGUCAAAGCUAUUUUUUUUUUAAUGGAAAUCCCUAUUUUUGAUUCAGGAUCCAGUAAAAGCGGGAAAUUUCAGAAUAACAAUUAAAACAUUUUUUGAGUAACCUAAUAAAAAAAUCGAAUCAAGGUCAAAUAUUGCAGUUUUAUUAAAUAAAUUUCAUUUAAUAUCCAAAUGAUCAAUCAUUGAUCCGUAAGUCUACUAAACCAACCAGAAUUUGAAAAAAAUCAUGUUGGGCGAAUUUUUAAUAUUUGACCUUGUCAAGGUCACUAAAAAUUUUUGAACUAUCGUUCUAGAAUUUUUGCUCACUUCGAAUCCGAUGUUAAAAAUAGAGUUUUCCAUUUAAAAAGAUACGUUUGAACUUUAAAUAAUUAAUUUGUUUGUUUUUUACAAUUUAGCAAUUCGUACAGACCUUGUUAUCGUUAAGGUAAAAUCACUAAAAACUGCUGAUAUCAACCUUCUUCGUAAAACAAGGGAAGGGUCCAUUUUUAACGCCAAUAAUCCAUUACUUCUAUUCCCCUAAUCUAAUUUAUUUUCAAUCUAUUUAUCUAAUAUUAUUUAUUAUUCACGUAAAGAAAAAAACAUUCCAAUGUUUAUUACAAGAUUCAGAAUAUUUUCAGAACUCAGUAUUCACUUGUGAUUAGACAAUCAAUUUUUCAGGUUCAAUAACAUUUUCGUAUCAUCAUAGUCAUCGGUUGUUUUCUUACGAUAAUUCAUUAUAUAAUACUGCAUCAACAAUGGUGGAUUCUUACGGUUCACCGCAUUUUUUUAGUUAAAUUUACUCAUCAGUAUUUUUAAAUAGCAUAUUAAAAAAGUAAGACAUUUGUACAUAAUUAUAUUUAGGAUACAAUAUUGUAUCGUGAAAGGCUUAUUUGAUCUUUCAAAUGUACAUAUUUUCUGUCACUCGUGUGAGAUCAGGUACUUCAAAGUAACUGUUAUGAUUGUUUCCCAUAAAUAUUGUAUACUUUAUCCAAUGACUUGGAUAGAAACAUUAUAAAUACGUAGUUAUUGAUGAAUUAAACGUUUUUGACAUUAACUUAUGUACAUAUAGUCGCGUGUGAUUCGUCAUAAUUUUAUUGGUGCAUUGCAUCUAAUAAUAGAUAUGACAAACACGUUUUUGAUGUGACAAAUUCGAAUGUGUAUCUUUUAAUGACACAUUAUGUCUAACAAUAGAUAUGACAAACAUGUUUUCGAUGCGACUAAUGCGAAUGUGUAACUUAAGUAAUAAGGAACUUCAUUCAUAAAAUACAACGUUUAGGUAUUCUUUCGUAACGUACUUAUAACUAUCAACAUUUUGUGAAAUAUAAUAUGGACCAAUCAUUAAAAGUUUUGAUUGUUACAAAAAAUUUGUCAAUUUGUAAUUUUAUGGUAACGUGUAAUUACUUUUGAACCAUACCCAAAAGACUAUUAAUUUGAUGUUUCUCGUAUUAACAAGGUAACAUACGAUAUUUAGAUUCUUUAUAAGUUGAAACAUUAGGAACUUUAAAUCUUUAUUUACUUAAUACGUUUCAAAAUUGUCAUUUAUUAUAACUCAAUCAUUGCUCAUCGUUCCUAAUCAUCAAAAUACAAAUUAAGUAUAGAUGCAUAAUUAAAAACUGAAUGCAAUUAUAUAAGUGAAAUUAUAGCCUAAAUAUCGCAUCUAUCAUGUUUAAUUUCUACUUGCACACUAUCAUUCGUAAUAUGCACAUGCUUCCAUAGUGCCUUCAUUUCCGCAUAGCGAAUCCUAUUGUAAACAGAAUUCAGUACUUCGAUUAUUGUAUGAAUACCCCAACCGUCAAAGCGAGUGCUAUUUUGUUCUUCGUAAGAAGCAGCAUCCGAACUAAAGAAAAAGAUAUCUCAAAUAACAUUUUUUAUAAAAGAUCUUUGUGAGGGUAGGGUUUAAACACUUGUUUUUAUCGUCUCUCAUAUUAUUAUUAUGACUUAUUUUAUUGGAAUAGUGUAAAGUUUAAAAGAUCACGUAUUAGGUUUUCUAAACAGAUUUUUUGUAAAUAAAUAAAGGCGAAAUGUCGAAAAUUUAAUUACAACAAUUAGACUGGCAACACAAAAAUUAAAGAAUUUAUGAGUGUUUCUAUAAACACGAUUUGAAUGAGCGCAUAUAAAAGCAUUAUUGCAGUACGAAAAAAAUGUACAUACAGUUUUAUAUUUUUUAUUUUAAAAACUGUACAAAGUUAAUAGUGAAAUGAUUACGUACAAAUGGAUAACAUUUCUUUUUUGAAUACCUGAUUUAACAGAAGAGUGCACUAACCAUUAGACUAUUUGUUUCAUAUAUAUACACCUGUGGCUUCCCAGUAUAUCUGCUUCAAGUCACAUUUUAGCAAUUUCGAGAUAUUUCAAAGCAAUGUGUGAGAUCAGCAAAUUACUGUCAAAAUGUGACAUUGGGAAAAAAACUGAUGCAUGAUUAGGGCCUUUUUUAAUGGUUUAUCGCACUCUUGACUUGGGUGGUUGUGCAUUUGUCCCGAUAACACGCGUGCAAGAAAAUAUUUAAGAGCAACAUACAGUGUAAAAUACAAUAAGCAAGACUUAUUGAAUAAAUGAUCUUUAUUCAAUAAGUGUUAUUAAAUAAACUGAGUUAGUUCUGCUAUAUAGAUAUUGACAACAAUCUUUUCAAUUAAAUUUAAUUCAUCGAGCUCAAGUUUUCAGAAGCAAAAUUGAUAAACUACAGUUGCGUGCAUAAGUAUGUGGCUAGUUUAUACUGAAAUUACACAAAGAUCAAGGUUUCGUAGCUCCAUUUAGAACGAUUGUGGAAAAAUGCGCGGGCACUCAUUUUAAAAGGUAAGGCAAUACCUUUCAUAUCGCUUCACGUUAAAAAAUAAAUAAAAAUUGCGUUUUUCAAAGUAAAAAAACUAAAUCGCAAACAAAACGCAAAAACCACUUGGUCGAUUUUUAAAAAUUUAAAUGGAAAAGAUGCGUAUUUGUGCCUUUUUUUUUAAAUAAACGGAACCGGAUCUAUUAUUAUUGAGUUGAUAAAAAGUUUUCAUUUUUAUUUCAAAAACCAGUUUUCUUCAAGUUUCAUUAUCUCCAAAUCUAUGCACUACAGAGAAAGAAUUUAAGA